AUGCUCUCCGACCUCCUGCUCCGCGAUAUCUGCCAUUUCGUCCACCACAACGCCACGCGAGACGUCGAGAGUCUUCUCCAACAGUUGGUGAUGGCAUCGAAGUCGUUUCCCUCCUCGUCGGAUGAUGAAAAGUACCAACUCCGAGCGAAAAACUUCAUCAACAAACACGCGACGUUCGACGCGCGCGGAGAUAAAGUGUGGAAGAUGGACGCGGAGUUUGUGUAUAAGUUCAACUUGCCGUUUUCGUUCGUCGCGAAGAAAGGGGGUGGUAAGAAGAGCGACGAUGGGGGCGAUGGUGAUGGUGUUGAAGAAGGUGCAGCAGCGGAGGCGGACGGCGCGACCGCGAAGAGGAGAAGAGAGUCUCGAAACGCGACGAGGAGGAACUACGCGGAGAUGAUGGAAGGAGAGGAAGAGGAAGAGGAGGAAGAACGAGAGGGGAAUAAAAAGAGAAGGAAGAAACGAUCGAAAGUAGUACAACACGCGGAACGAGAGUCGUCUCCUCCCGUCGACGAGACGCCGGCGCCGUCUCCCGUGGAAGCGAAGAAGAGAGAGACGCGACAUCGACGAAAGAAAGAAAAAGAAGAAGCGAUGGAAAUAGAAGAGGAAACGGAUGCUGAAAUCCGAGACGGUGAGCGGAUGGACGAAGAAACGCAGCGAUUGGCUGCUUCGCUCGGGUUUACGAGCGCCAUUCGACGAGGGACGUGCAGACAUGCUUUAUUGGAAGCCAUGAGAGAUAAACCGGACGGCAUUACCGUGGAUGAAAUCAUAGAGACGAGCGAGAAGAACGGGUUAGCGAGGAGUUGGAAGAAUAGCAGAGUUCCGAAAAAUACCGUCGUGUCGUUGAUGGGAGACAAAACGUUCUCUCGAAUUGGUCGAGGGUUAUACGUGUUGACGUGUUAUUUAAACGACGAGGACGGUGAGAAUACUCCCCGCGCUGAUGAUAGUAAGAAAAGAAACGCGACGAAGCCUCGGCUGGAGAAACGUCAAAGCGGACUCAUGAAAAAAUCCCAGAACAGGGACGAGUACGACGAGAACGAGAACGACGAACCAUCGCCAACGAAAUGUACCAGCGCGAAUGCGAUAGAAGAUGUGCACGAAGUCGCGUCGACGCGACCGCCGCCGACCGAGAUCGUCGACGAGAAGCAGUUGAAAAAUCUCGUCGAAAAACGAACGGCGGAGGAGUUGCAGAAGCAAAUCGCGGUCGCGUUCGAGGCGCAGGAGAGAGCGGAGCGCAUGCAAGAUGAACUUUUCGCUAAGGAAGAAGAGUAUAUGAGAGAAGAACGGGAGAAACGGAAAUUCGUCGAUGACGCUGAACCAGCUUUUGAUGUGCCUGAAGAGCGAGAGACGUUUCAAGGCGACGAGAACGAUCGAAAAGCGCUUCUGAAACAUCGGAAAUGGCUCGAAGAAGAGAAGAGACGACUGAUUGCGUUACGAGAGGAGUGGAAGAAAGAACAGCGCGUAAAGCGUAAAAAAGCUCAACUAGCGUUGAAAGAACCCAUCAAACUGCCCAAACUAAUUCAAAACGAGCGGGUGAAAGUUUUGAAGUUCGCCAACGUCGCCGUCGAGGCGAUUAAAGUCAUGGAGAGUUUGCGCCAAAAACUAGACCUGGUAAAAAAGAACGAGUACGAUUACUCCCAAGACAAAGAAGUCGUGAAAUACGCGAAUAAAUUAGAAAGUCAACAGAAGAAAGAGCAUCGAAAAGAAGAAGCUAGGCAAAAAAAGCUAGAAGCCUUGGCGGCAGAGGAAGCGCUGAAGCCAAAACUCACCGAGGAAGAGAUUGCGGAGAUUGAACGCGCGAAGGCUGAAGCGAACGCGCAGAAAGCCAAAGUAAGAGCGGCCCGGCAAAGGUGGGAGAAAGCGAACAAAGAAAAUCCAAUCGCAGAUGGUGCGUUGAAAAAGUUAGACAAGUGCUUAGCCGAUGAAGACGGCAGAGAACCAUUCCCGGAUGUUGAUACUGGAGAGAACGCGACGAUGGACGACGUGACGAUUGCUGAGAUUGAGAUUUCAGCAUUCAUGGACCACGUAGGUCGAGAUGUUACGCACGCAUUGCCGCCGUCGUUUCAAUCGCUUUCAUACGAGCUUUCAAAUCCAACGGAUGCGAGAUUAGGAGCGUUGUUUGAGCGCAUCUUGCGAGUCUCCAUUACCACGGCGUACGAUCGAUUAGCGGAGUUAUGGGACCGAACUUUGGAGAUUGGAAGUUGGCAAGAAGUAUUAGCGCAGUAUUUCACGUACAAGUCAAAAUCGAUUGUGAACACAUCGGUCGUUUCUCCGUACGACGAAGUAUUGAAUAUCGCGCGAAAACUCUCAGAAACUCGAUGGAAGAACGUUUCUCGCGCAGAGUUGGUCAGCGUUUUGCGUUUACUGUGCGAAGAUUGUUUGGAUUCGCAACUGGUGCGCGACGCCAUCGAGCGACGAGUACAAGCGAUGGAUGAAACGAAGAGUAAGUUGUGGCAGAAAAGACGAGAAGAAGUGCGAAAACGCGAGAUUGCUGCUGCUACUAAUACUGCUAAGAAAGACGCAGAUGGACAAAACGUUACGACUAAUAAUGAAGGUGAAGAGAAUAAUGCAACGCAUGACGAAGAGGGCGAGGAUCUCCCGCGGGCGGUUACCGAACGUCAGAAAAGUCUCAUCGAGAAGCGUAAAUUAGAUGAAGAACGUGAAGUUCAACGCAAAAAAGAGGAAGAAGAGUACAAGUUUCAUCGCGAAAUACAUUCAUUGCUGGUGAAGUCGCACAUUCGCGCGCCAGAGCUCGGAAAAGAUCGCGAUGGACGGCACUAUUACAUCUCCAUUGGCGGAUUUCGGGACGUGCACUCGAAAGCUCCAAUCUUUUUAAUCUUCGAUCCAAAAGCGAGCACGGAGCAGGAAGCUUGGUGUACGAUGAAAUCCAUCGAGGAUAUCGACAAGUUACUCACUACGUUAAACGAAAAAGGGAAGAAAGAGUCGGCGUUGAAAGACAGAAUAAUGGGAAGUUACGAAUCGUUACGAUUGGCGUUUGAGAAACGCGAGAGGAGAGACGCGGUGGCAUCCGAACCCACGACAACGACAUCUUCACCCGGUGAAAAAGAAAACGCCGUACAAAUCGAACAAAAAUCUACACGAUUAUCGAACGAAGAUUCGUCGACGCUCUUCAUAAAGCGUGAGCUCGGUAUUCUCGCGUCGACGUGUGAAUUAUACGACGCUCCGGUUCCGCAAAGCGCCUCAAAUUGGCACGAUUGGACGCGCGCGGCGACGAAAACAGUCGGUUCUGAUUUGUCGCAAAUGGCGUCGUUCGUCAACGAGAUUGAAGAAUCUGCAUUUUUUAUCAGCGAACAGCCGAAAGCUGGCGCGAUGGGACGAACAGAUGUCGUUUCUUUCCACGCGUCGGCGGAAAAGUCUGAUGACGACGACGACGACGACGAAGAAGAAGAAGAAGAAGAAGAGCAGGAACGAGAUGAAGAUGAAGAAAUGAGGGAUGACGAUGCCAACGCUACGAAGAAAGACGAAGCCGCGAUGCUUCAACAACAAGAAUGGUGGGAAACGUUAGCGCCUCCUCGACAUGCCGCGCACGAUUCGCUCGCGAAAGCAAAAUGCAAACAGAUUUGGCGUUCGGACGAAGAAAGAAUGACCUGGAAAAAAGUAGUCUCCUCGACGGAAAGUAAAGCGGUAGAAUCGUCGGCAGUCUUGGCGCACGCGUUUGCCAUUCUGCGCGCACAGUGUAACGUCAUGUUCGAAACGCUCGAGAAAGAAAAGAAAGAAAGAGUAAGGCGUCCAUCAACGAGAGAAUCUCAAUACGGUUUACAAGAUCCAUACGUAACGUUUGUCGAUGCUGACGAACGCAUACGACAAGGCGGCACGAAACGCACCGGCGCUAGAUGCUAA